AUGGUCGCUGUGGCCACUGAACAGCUUGAGUUCAUUGAUAUCUUAUCAAAAAGGGUUCUCUCAUUACUUCCCAACCGUACUGGCCAUUCAAUAGCUGAAGUCGAGUUAAACAGUCAAUUUAUUAUCACGAAGAAUAUCAUAAAUGAAAAUCAGAAGAAGCACCCUCAAAUUGUCUCCUACAUUCUACUUAGCUUUGUUAAGAGUUUGGAAAUCCUCAACAGAGAGUCCAACUAUUCAAAACUUAGGGAAAGAGAUGAGAAGUCAUUAUCAUCAACUUUGAUAAUAUGUAAAUUAUUGUCUGACAUUUUGAUGUCUCAUUGGAAUCGGGAGAAAGUGAUGUGUAAUCUCUAUCUUUCCGACUUAUCUUCGAACUAUUCCAGUUAUAGUUAUUUCGACAGACCACAUCAGAUUGAAACUACUGUUUUUAAACAGAUCAUCGAAACACUAAUUACUCUUCUCUCACCAGGUGUGGUGAGAAAUGUGUUGGACAUAGUCAAAGGACCUCGAAAGGCCGAAGAGUCAGAUGUCCAUUCAACAAAACAUAGUGAGGUCAUCUCAAACAUUGUGGAUGAAAUAGACAACAACAUCGCCCUUAUUCUACGUUACAUUGGCUCAUCAAAUCCAAUGGACUAUUAUCAAUUUCUCUGCAGCAAGAUCUUCAAGUAUAUACAAGAAGAAGAUUUUGUUCCUAUUCCUACUCUUCAGAAGUAUUCUCCCCUUAUCAAGUUUGUUUUUUAUGUGGAAGAAAAUGCCAGAGAUUAUGCCAGGGAUUAUUUCGCCUUGUUAAAAUUCAUAAAAUCAAACACUUGGAGAAAAGUUAUAUUGGUGUUUGCUACUACUAGCAUUCAAGAUCAAAGCUUUUCAAGACCUGUCGACUACAACACCAACUUAACUGAUGAUGAUCCAGAUUUCCAAGCCGAGUGUAAGAGGUUGUACGAUGAAGCAACCGUAGUUUUCGAUGAUUUUGUUUCGAAUACUUGUUCGUCUUUCGUGGCUACGUGGAUGUUGAUGUUGUGCUUGGAGGAUUUCAAUGAAUUUCGGGAAUUGAAGAAGAUUGGAAAAAGUGAAUCCAAACGACUGUGGGAAUCGAAUAAAAGAAUUGCUUACCUUAACACAAUUUUAGCAAAUAUUUCGAAAGGUGAAAACUUAGAAAGUUUCGAUACGGUCAUGAAAAUACUUCAUCUUGGCGCAAGAUUAAAGGCUCUCGGGUUAAAAAAGCAUCCAAUUCUUUUGUUUAGUACUGAGACGGUCGAUUUUGUAUUUGAGAACCUCAUGGUAUUUGCAGCUAAUCAAGCAAACUUCACCGAUGAUAAUGAUAUACUAAAGUAUGAUAAUGUUUGCAUUAAUUUUUACGCUGCAGCAUUAGUGCUUGAUCCUGAAAAGUACACCGAAAUAUUUACUCAAAAGCUUGCAGUUUGCAAGGAUAACAUCAAGGAGGUUAAAUUAUUAGUCAAGAUUUUGAAAAGCUUAUCAGAGCUUAAAAUUGCUACAAAUGUUUUCAACAAGUUGAUGGAAAAACUAUCAUAUACCCUAAAAUCGAUGAUAUUUGGUUCAGUGAAGAUACUAAAACACUACGAAGUGAUUCAAUCAAGUCAACGAACUCCAGUCAAUCCUCAAUCAUCUGCUGGCUCAGUGAAUUUGGAUUCUUGGAGUAUUGAUUCUUCACAGGCAGCUGGCUCAUUUGAUGUAUCAAAUAUGCAAACCACAAGUCUUGAUCAUUAUGUAUAUGAUAUGGGGUCCAUUUAUAAAGGGGACUCGAAUGAAGCAUUAUCUAGGGCCAUCUCCCAUCAUUCACAUCCUUCACAACCCUUACAGCUUAUUUGCCAUACAGAAGAAAUGCUCGCAGAUUUAUUCGAGAUUUUUGUUCAAGCCUCUCAGCUAUACUUCAAUGAUUAUGAGCUAAUGAAAGAUUCUAACCUUGAAUCAAAGCCUCGUGAGGAAGUACUCGCUUCAAUUGUUCAAUACUCACAAGAGGUGACUGUUCCCUUACAUUGUGCUUUCAAAUUCGAAUCAAUCUCGAAAACUUCUCAUCUUUUCGAUGCUGCAUGUGCAUUAGCCAUUAAUUUAGUUGAGAAGGAUUCCGCAGUUGCUCAGAAUUACACAACGUUGUCAACAUUUUCCAAUUAUACCGUUUCUAAUUUGAUUGUGCAAUCUAUUUGUGAGGCAUGUUUGCUGUUCUCAUUAACGAACUCAAAGUUUCAGGCAUGCUUUUGGAUGAUAAAUAAGUUCUUGCAAUGUCGCGAUGAAUUCAAGCACAUCAUAGAUUCCAAUUCGAUCUUGAGUAAUCCGGCCACAAGGAAGCACAUUGAUUUUGGAACAGGUGCUGGCCAUGCUAUCGAAAAGGUUUUAUUGUUGUCUUUAUGCACUCACGAUAUUGAGUUUUAUAACAGUGCGAAAACUACUAUGAGAUGGUAUUGUGACGAAUGUCGUAAAAGGAGUAACUUCUACAAACCAGAGGAGGAUAUUGACGAAAAUUUGGCGGAUACAUUUGAGAAAGUCUACAAAGAUGAAUCUGUUUUCACUGGGUUUGUCUCUUUACACAAGAGAUUUAGAAGCAUUUUGAGAGAUGCAAAUCCGACAAAUUCCCUCUAUCUGGUAUGGUUAUUGAUUAAUUAUAGAUGGCUGGAAAUGUUGGAGAAUAAAUCCAAAUUGAAUGAAGAGAAUUUAGUCUUUAGACAUUUUACUGGGUUCUUAGUGUCUACCUCGGGAUGCUUCUUACUGGAGCGCUUCGCAGGUAAUGAUCCAGACCAAAAGGCUAGGGCAUAUAGUGCAGUUAGUGAAUUCUUCGAUAAGUGCUUGCAAAUGUUGACGUCUCCCGAUUUGGUCAUUAGAGUUGUCAUUAAGGAUGCCUUAUCCAAUGAGUCGCACGCAUGUGUCUACAAGAUGUUGGCGACGAAGUUCAUUUCAAUUGAGACAAACUAUAUUGAUAAAAAGAUUGUCAAUGCUGAAUCUAUUUUAUUCUUCGAGCAGAUUCUUGUCAUUUCAACAUCAAUGAUAACCAUCAGGAAUGAUGGUGAUUUCGUCCUUGUGGCUGCAUUACCUGAAAUAUGUCAACUUUUCAUGAAAUUUUUAAAUAUGGUGGAGAACAAAGCUGAUGUUCUUCGGUUAAAGUUGAGAUUCUGCAAAUUAGCUGAAGGUAUUGAGACUGAUAAGAAGAGAUCGGGAGUUUCAGGUGCUUUUAAAUUGAGAAACUUCUAUGCUAAAGCUUCUUGCGAAUGGUUAGAACAAGCAAUAUUUUACGAUGGUGAGGAUUCAGAUUGCUCUUGUGAAGAUCAAAAGGAUUUGGAAAUCACAUAUCUAAACAUAGACUUGGCUGCACAAAGUUCAAAAACACUAGUUUUACAACUUGAGGAAAUCGUUCUAGAAGUUCCGGAGGGUAUUAAAGAUAAUGAAAUCAAAAAGUAUAAAGAUCUUGCAUUUGGUAAUUAUUUUUCCUUAUUCUAUAAGAUUAUUCAAAAGUAUACCAAUAUGGACUUGAGCACAAGCAAAUCAAAAUACAAAUUGAGCAGCAUACUCGACAAUGUUUUGAAAUGCAUUUCCAACAUCCUUCAGUAUGAUGUGGAUAUUGGAAUGCAGUUUGUGCUUCCUUUGAGUUAUCACAGCAAUAAUAAGAUUCGGUCGAUAUUUUUGAAUGUGUUUUCGAACAUGUUGGCAUCUAGGGAAUUGAUGUCCAACAAAGAAGAAUUUUCGGAGGAAGUUAUUCAAGAAUUUUCGAGCUUGACUGGAGUUUAUGGUGCUAUCGCAGAGGUUGCCUCUUCAUCAGAAUACAACUUGUUAGCGUCUUCUUUGUUCGGUAUUUUUAGCUACACUCAAAAAUUGGACAAUUUAUUCAAGAUUUUGGUGAAAGAUGAAAUUAAUAAUGUUACUCGUUCCACCGAUAUUUUCAGAAGAAACUCAACAUUGACGAGAUUGUUAUCAAAUUUUGCGACUAAUCAUGGCGAAGAGUAUUUAUCAACUACUUUGAAGCCAUUCAUUGAAGAAUUGGUAGAAAAGGACAUUACAGUGGAGGUAGAAAGGGCAGCUGAUAUCCAUGAUACCGAUAUCUACAUUGAGUACUUUACGAAGUUGGUGGAUUUAAUUGUUGGCUCGAUAAAAUCAAUCCCGCCUUCAUUCAAGUUCAUUUGUGCGGAGAUUUACAAUUGUGUCAAGCUAAAGUUUGAAGAAGCUUCUUUGAUUGCAGUAGGUUCAUUCUUGUUUUUGAGGUUUUUAUGCCCUGCUAUUAUUAGCCCUGAGACGUUCUUUAAAAUUGAAGUUUCGAAUCCUAAGGUCAAACGUACGCUAAUGCAAUUGGUGAAAAUUAUACAGAACAUGGCAAAUGGAUCUUUGUCUUCAUUAAAGUGGCCUGGCUUAACAUCUAAAAUGGAGGAAUUGAACGACUUGAAUAAGAAGAUUUCGAUCUUUUUGAGGGAUGUAUCUACUGACGAUAUUUUGGAGUAUCCUUUUCAAAUUACGAGGGAGAAACCCAUUCCAGAGUUGAGAUAUUUGCACAAGUUUGUGUAUCAUUUUUACGCCGAUAUUAAAGUGCACUAUGUUUUAAAUGACCCAAAUAGUGGAGCAGCUUUAGCCGCAAGAAUUAAGGAGGUUAGAUUGUUGGACAAGAUUGCUAAAGAGUUGGGCCAACCAAAACCAUCGGUUCAAUUGCAAAUUAGAACGCCAUUAAAAAACUUUGAUGCAAACAAUAAUGGGAGAGAUCAGUUCAAUGAUUUUAUGACAAAGAUGUCAAUGAGAUACGUUGAAAAAGCGAAUAACUUUUCAUUGGUCCACAAUUCAAUUUUUGCAGACGGCACCCCUGUUAUUGUGUUGAAUCUAAAGUAUUUGAAGUUAGUUGAUGACGAUUGUGACUACUUAGUUUACAAAUUUUUCGAAACUGCUAGCCAGAUUUGGGAGAACAAGUUCUAUGUGGUAUUCGAUUUUACUGAGUUUCGUUAUACCACAGAGAUUGCAAUGUCUUAUUCAGAGAAGAUUCGAGCAUACUCACCAGAACCCAUGUACCAAAAUUGUAUGAGAAUUUACUACUACAAUAUUCCUCGUUCUCAAUAUGAGGCCGUGGUAGGUAUCCUUUACAAGUUAAGAUUUGAUACAAUGUUCAUCAAUGCCCAAUCAUAUGCAUACUCGCAAGUGGAUAGUCCUGAAAUCGUGAACAAUCUUUGUUUGGAACCUUCGACGACUGCAAUCAGCAAGGAUACCAGGGUAAUAUUCAACAACGUGAAGAUUUACAGUUCAAUAACUGGGUCUGAGCAUGCAGUCAGCUUGAGGAUAGGUCGGAAAUGGAUUCAGAUAUGCUCUCAAAAUUCAGUUGAAUUCCAGGCUAGUUUCUUCAUCACCAGAUCAUUUGUUCCUAUUGACAUUUACCGGUUAUCUGAUAUUUCUAAAUGCGAAAUAUCACAUACCACUCAAAAUAACGAUGAAUUCACAAUAUACUUGAAUUCUGGUGACCAUGUCAUCUUAAGGUCGAACGAAAGACAAGAGAUUUUAAGAUUCUUGUACUUUACUACUUCAAGGUUAUCAAAGAACACAAAUUUUGAAUUAGAAGGAGAUGCUGAGGUUGGUAAGCACUAUAUGCAUUGGUUUGCUAGAUUAUACAAUAUUGUUUUUCAAGGAUUAUUGAGUGAUAACGAACAAGUGAAGUCAUCAUCUGCUCUUUUAUUUGGAUCUUUAUCAUCAUAUUUCAAUAUUGACUUUGGAAUUAAAACAAGCCAUUCAACUUUCAUUCAAUUUCCAGCAAAUUCUCUUGAUUUUGUGAAUCAGGUUUCGUUAUACUUAUCACAAAACUUUCCAACAAUGACUUAUCGGUUUUUCAAAGCCUAUUUCGAUAGCUAUGAUAAGAUCACACCUGAGAAUAAGUUGGCAUCAAUAGUCUAUAUUGCUCCAUGGAUUCGGAACAUCUAUAGUCACGUAUGCUUGGAUCAAUCAGGUGGUUUGGAGAAGGUAGCAGAAAUAAUUCGCCAAUUGUGUCGUAUUUCAGCUUUGAAUAAAGAGAAUAUCUCGAUUGUUAAUGAUUACAUUUGGAAAAAGUUGUUUUUGGAAACUCGUUUGUUAAAAGUGUUGAUCGAUGAAGUAAUUUCGUUCACAAUUGACAGUAAGAAUGACUCCCCAACCAAUUGGUCCUUUAUUAUUGCGAUCAUUCAUCCUAGUAUUGAGGUGUGCGGAGAGAUAAUUUCAAGAUUAUUAAAUUGCGUUACUUCAAUUAACAAGGACGAUUCCACCAUUGCAUUGCAAUCAAAGUUGUUUGAAAUUCGGAUAUUGAUCAAGGUUUGUAUAUCACUUUUUUUCAAUUCGUAUGACCUAUCAAAGUUAUACUUGGGUGAUAUAUUCUUCUUGAUAAGUUUGUUUAUUGAUAACAACCUAUUCGACGAUUUACAGAAGUUGUGUGUCAACAUGAUUCAGUCAUUUCUUCACAAGCCUAACCUCAAACCUCAAGAACAGGCUGUGAUCGACCUGACGAUUCAAUACUUCAGUGAUCAAAGAGCUAAGAUGUUGUUUGGCUUGACCAGGGAUAUUGUGGCAUCCACUUCAGAUCCAGUUCAAAUAUAUAACAAAAUAUUGAACUUCGAGGUCUUGUGCGAUUAUUUGAACGAUUUUAUGCUUUACAUGGGUGAUUUAGAUAACGAUAAAUACAAAUGGAGAAUGAACUGGAGUUCAAAUUCCAUUGAUAUCGCUUUCUCACAUAACUCAAUUUUCCAAGGCAGGUCUAUUUUGAUUGUUGGAAUUUUGUCCAAGAAUGGUGUGAAUGAUUUGAUUGCAUACAAACUUAUCAAACUUAUUUCAAAAGGUGAGCACAAGAGUUUGGACUAUAUCACUAGUGUUACGUUUGCUAUGGCCCGAAUCUUACAGGGAUUGUCACCAAACUCGCCGCUUUUGUCAAUUAUGGUAUGGCCAAUGUUGGGAUUUUGUCUCAUUAACGUAUCUGUUUUGUACCAGCCUUCCGCAUUGUGUUUGAUCAAUACUAUAAUCAAGUUAUCUGAAUUCAUGCCAGACUUUACGGACAGAAUUUUCGAGCAGCGUCAAUUAAUAGAGCCAUUAAUGAGCUACUUUGAGAUGUCGCAAAACUUGAAGAUUACAAAGGAAAACUUCGAAACAUAUGUAUUAUUUGUGUUAACUCAAGGUUUGAGAGUUUCUCAGUUCAAGCAUGCUAGUUUGAGCUAUUUGAAGAAGUAUUUCAAAGCAAUUGCACCUAUGCAUCAGAAACUAAAAGAAGACCUUGUCAAGGGGGCGGAUGAUUACUUGAGUUAUUUGUUAUUCAUUUAUUUGAGUACGGACGAUAAUGAGUUUCUGGCGUAUUUGAGUGAAGUUGGGCUUCAUACAGACCUUAUCGAAGACAAGAAUGAUACAUUUCCUUCCAUCAUUACAGACUAUCUUGAGCUGGGAUCCAUUUCUUCAAAACUUGCAUUCCUUCAAGCAGCAUUUUUCUAUGUCUCGAAAUCGAUCGAUAGUCUUUUUAGCUCCAGAUUUUUGCGCCUUUAUACUCACCUAUUCAAAAGCGAGAGAGAAAUCAGCAGAUUGGUUUAUCAUAUCAUCAAGCCAGCUUUAAGUGACAGUCUAAUCAAUAACAUCAACUUCGAAGUCAUCGACAUCAUUGCAUACCUUCAAGUUGCUAUCACUACGAGUGAUUAUUCUGCCGAAUAUUAUCAGGAAAUGGCAGAUAAUAUUUUGGAGGAAUUCAAUGUUCAAUUACUUAGAGAUAUCAAAAAGAUGAAUUUCUUGGAGGCCAUUCCCACAGAUGAUGGAAUCGAAGUGUCGUUAGGAGAGAAUAUCAGAAAACUUCAAGUUAUGGGAUACAGAUGCGCUUGUUUGUAUGUUGAGGGCUCACGUUUAGAGGAUUGA